CCGCCGCGGAGGCGCAGCUACCGCGGGCUUUUUGAAAGCCACGCACGCCUAAUAGAGCAUAGGCAGCGGCUGCGGAGCAAAUUAAAACCCGGUGAAGCUUUUAAAGCACCUCCUAGCUGCCGCCCUCCGUGCGAGCAUUUCUGAAGCGCUUUGGAGCAAGCUCGUAAAGGCAAGCUUCCUCUGAUCCUGGGGAUGAUAAAGUUUAACGCUGUUAGAUGCAAGUUAAAUAGAAGACUUUACAAUGUAAUAUAAGUUAUCUUAACUAUAAGUAGAAAGCUAAUGGCAAUUUUACUCAGGCUUGGUCACUGUAGCAGAAGGACUGGCUGUAAGAUGGAGCUGCCUGGCCUUGCUUUUGCUGUUUGGAUGUUUAUUUGCUUCUAUGCAUCUGUGGAUGGCUAUCCAAGUGGAAAAGUAAGAGAAGCCUGCACUAAUAUGAUACCCUGUCAUGGUAGCUCUCCACAGCCAUCACCUGAGCACACCAUUACAGCGAAUGGGACUGAAUUUAAACCGGGGGACAAGAUAGAAGUUCAUCUGUCUGGACCUGAUUUUGAAGGAUUUUUCAUACAGGCCCGGGAUGCAGAACACCUGGAUAGCCCUGCAGUUGGUUCUUUCGUGUUAGCUGACCGGAGAAUUUCUCAGCUUCUGACAUGUGGUCGUACCAAGAAUUCAGCUGUCAGUCACACAAGUAAAGCAAAAAAGAAAUACAUAAAAGUUUAUUGGAUUGCUCCUGGGGAUGCACCAAAACGUGUACAGUUUCUAGCCACAGUUGUGAAGAAAUACAAGACUUUCUGGGUGAAGAUUCCUGGUCCUGUUGUUUCUCAGCCUAAUGUACCGUCCCCAACAACACCCUCGCAUGCAACAUCAGAGGCUACAUCAACUUCACACGCAGUUUCCUACUUAUCAAAGCCAUUUAACACCUCAGGCUGUGGAAGUACAAAGUUCUGCAUUAGGAACCCUUCAAACUGUGAUCCUGAAAGUGCAUCCUGUUUUUUUCUAUCCUUUCAACAUGAGAAGAGUUCAGUAUUUAUUGAAAUGAGUGGUCCAAGUGAAGGAUAUUUAGCAUUUGCAUUGUCCCAUGACCAGUGGAUGGGUGGUGAUGACGCAUAUCUGUGCAUUAAUGAGGACCAUCGCGUUCAUGUAAGCACUGCCUUUCUGAAGGGGCGAAGUCCUCCUGUUUUGGAUUCAGAGAAUGCCCUUGAAGAUGUGUCAUGGAGGCUUGUGGAUGGUGUUCUUCAAUGUUCUUUCAGAAGGAGUAUUCGUCUUCCUGCUUAUAAAGGGAGAUUUAAUCUGGAUGCCAGUUACUACAUCUUCCUGGCAGAUGGGGAAGCCAGUGAAGGUGGACUGAUAUAUAAACAUCAUCGUCAGCCUCUGAUCACCGAUGGAAUAUACAAUGUCACAGGCCUUCCUCAGGACAUUGGAGGUUCCCGGUCCCCACGACUUAUCAAGGCUCAUGGAGCGCUAAUGUUUGUUGCUUGGAUUACCACAGUUAGUAUUGGUGUGAUUGUUGCACGAUUCUUCAAACCUGUCUGGUCUCAUUCAUUCCUGUUUGGAAAGGAGAUGUGGUUUCAGGUGCAUCGUAUGCUUAUGUUGACCACAGUCAUGCUUACAAGCAUUUCUUUUGUAUUGCCCUUUAUAUACCGAGGAGGUUGGAGCCAACAAGCGGGUUUUCAUCCCUAUCUCGGCUGUACCGUGAUGGCUCUGACAAUCGUUCAACCGCUUAUGGCAGGCUUCAGACCAUCUCGUCAUGCACCAAGGAGGCAAUUGUUUAACUGGUUUCACUGGAGUACUGGUACAACAGCUAGAAUACUAGCUGUGGUGACUAUGUUCUUGGGAAUGGAUCUACCAGCUCUUGACCUACCAGACCCAUGGGACACCUAUACAAUGAUUGGUUUUGUAGCUUGGCAUGUUGGUAUUGAUGUUCUUCUGGAAGUACACAGCUACUGUCUCGUACGUAAAGUUGAAGUGAUAGAGGAUGACAGAGUACAGAUCCUGCAGUCGCUUACAUCUGCAGAAGGAGAGGGCCGUCUGUUUAAACAGGUUGUGUUAACCAUCUAUGUCUGUGGAAAUAUAGUAUUCCUCACUGCCUUCCUGGCAGCAAUCAACCAAAUAUGAAAUAAGUCAUUGAGAAUUUUGUGAUGAAAUAUUGUGCAGUGAGAAAAACCUGCAAGGAAUGCUUUCUAUUACAACUUUUCCCUCAACACCUCCCUGAAGACGUAAUCGAAGAAUAAGAGCAUGUGUGCAUCAUGCUCAACGUUGGGGAGGACUUGAAUUCAAAUCUACAGAAGGAUGCUGCAUCCUGCAAAAGCUGUUUUCUGAUGCAACUUUUAAUGGAAGUCUUUGCCUGAGUAAGGAAUGAAGUCUCUAUUUUUAAGUGCAGUAAUUAAUUUGAUUGAAGCUUAUGGGUUAAGACGACUGAGAAGAUGUGCUGAAAAUGCUGUUUUGAUAGCGAGUUCUCUAAAACUUUUGUGAAUAUUGUUGGGAAAACUGGAAAGAUUGGUCUGGAGCCUCACCGUAUCUGUUGACUUUACUGUAUUCUAAUGGCGUGCAGUGUGAGAACUUCUGGCUCAUGACAGUUUUGUGCAUUAAAAAAAAAAAACAACCAAACAAACCUUAGUGAAAAACUGUCACAACUGCAGACUGAUGCAUGAGCUAAAUGCUGUUGUCUAUCUUUGCAGUUAAAUGCAAAAAAUAUUCUCUCUGCUCUAAGAGCAGUACACUUACACAAGCAUAUGGGUUUGGGAACUUCAGUCCUUUAGUAAAACCACCAUUUGCCUCACUCAAAAUACUAUUCUGUCCUGUCCCCCUCAGUGCUUCUAAACCACAAAGAGAAAACAUGUUUGCAGUAGAAGUGCAUUAAAACAGUUGUACUUACCCAAAACCUAAACAGGAAGAACAUAUGUAUGGAUGGAUUUCUGUGGUUUGCUGUCUUCGGUUGGACUUGUGAAUUACUUUUCUGCGUGAAUAAGAUGGAUUUAUGCCACCUGAUGCUUAAAUGGAAGUGAAAAUAUUUGCUCAGGAAUGUUGCAGUUGUAUUUGCACUAUUGAGUGAAAUGUAGAUUAGGAGUUGGUUUGACUUCAGCAAAAAUGGCUUCUGUUACCAUUAAGUGAGAGUCCUUUGAGCUGGCAUAUCUAGGAGACACUUAUAGUCUUUGUAAGAAAAUGGGAGGGAAUUUUUUUAGUCAACAAAAGAUUUAUCUAAAUAUAUGAACUAGUUACAGGGAAUGGAAAGAGACUGUAUUGUUUAACUUCUUUGGUUUGUGGUUUGCCUAAGUAUAGAAGGAUACUCUUGAAAUGGCAUCUCAGAAAUGAACCCUUAAUGUGCCAUGCAGUACGGUGCUUUGUAUUUGUUUUUUGCAGCUCUGAACAGUUUGCUUCCACACUUCUUCAUUUUUGAUACUGGAAAGUGUCAGUUUUUAGUUGUAAUGCUUCAAAAUGUAUCUUCAACCUAGGGCUAGUAAGCUAGCUGGGAAUAAAGGUGUAGGAGUAUUGGAUAGAAUAGUAAAUAGUGAGGCCUUGUUUCGUGUGGGCCAUUACAGCAACAUUUCUCUGCUACCUGAUGGCCAGCAUUUAUAGAGCUGGGAUUAAUCCUUUCGUCAGCAGCAGAAUGCAAAUGAAUGUAAACUGAAUUGUCCCCUUUCCUCCUGGAAGCUGGAAAAGCCCUGUGCAGAUUGGGAAAGGGGGGCUAUGAAGAAAUAUGGCAAAACCCAGGCUGAAGGGCAAGAGGUAUAUGGCUAAUUGUGUGGCUUGGUGGGUUUUUUAGAGAACUCUGAUCAUAAAAGCCUGAGAAUCACAGGCUCAUCUAGUGCUAAUAUUUUGGGGAACUCUUUUGUAUACCAUGAGUUUAUAGAAGAAAAAUCUCUCAACCUAGGCACAAUUGAUGGCUUUUAAAAUUAAAGUCAAUGUUGGAUUCUUCCAGUGAUAAAAUAGCUGCGCUGUGUGUUGUUUCAUUUGCAUGUGAAAAUGAACACAGGGUUUUUAAAACAUGAAUGUAAAUAUCUUAAUAAAAGUGUCUCUUUUACUAAGGUGAAAACACUAUCAAAUAGAAGCUAGAAAAGAACAGUCUUGCCUAGCAGCAAAAUGGAUUGUCUGUUUUCUUUGUAGAUGAUGUUUUAUAAAUUAAAGCUAUCUAAAUGCUUCCUGGCGAAACUCUUACUGAAAUUGAAUGUUCAAAUAGUUUCUUUCUGUAAUGCGGAGUUUCUUUUCCUCAAGAAGAAAAAAAA